AUGACUGCGCUCCACAGCAGCGUCAACCACUACAUGCCAUCCAGGCUUGCCGGCGAUACUUGGGACUUCACCGAGGUUCACGAGCUUCUCAGCAAGCUUUCGACUCCGAGUCCAGCAGCGAAACAACGCGACCCCAUAGCCAGCCAUGACAGCUCACUACCCGUCCAGGAGCUGCCCGAUGACAUGCUCUCUGCGAACAAGCCGGCGAAGCACACCGAAUUCUCUGGUCUAGGCGACUUACGCAAUCUCUGGGACUUCCUGGGCGCCAGCCGGAAUACUCUAGAAGUGCAGCCCCGUGCUGCUACUCCCGCCCUCAUUCCUGCCAAACCCUCUACUUCUCCACCCGCUCCAGUUACACUCGAGUCAAUUCAGGACCGGGAAACUUAUGCCUCAGAUGGCGCAAUCGACUGUAUGCCAUCGAGCAAAAGCAUAAAAUGGCGAGAUGAAGUGAAUGGCCAAGAAAUUGCAGAUCCACCUUGCGUCGCUCCACCAGAAACACCGCUCACUAAGAACCAACGGAAGAAGCUUAGAAGGAAGCAAACACAACGCGAACGGCAGGAAAAGCUUAAGUCUACGAGUGACGCAGAGUCUGAAACGGACGUUCAGCAGACGCCAGCUAGGAAAGCUAGUGUGCAUACUUUGGCGGGUAGUGCACAGCCUUCUCAGCAAACGCGGUACGAUCUGCGAUCGAAGACGGCUGCGUCGACACCGACUACCAAACCGACUACCAAACCUGCUGCAGCGAAACUCUCGGCCGAGCUGGCCUCUCUAUUGACUCCACUAAAAGCAGAUGAAACCAAGCCUUCGGAGAGGGUGAAACCAAUUAAGGCUGAGAAGCCAGAGCCAGCGGUGCAGCCAGCAAAGUCCAUUCAGACGACACCUUCGGAGCCACCAGUCAAUGUCGCCUCGACUUCAGCAACGCCUGCAACACCCAAAACUAAACCACUGCGGCCACCAAAAUCCCCGGAGAGCAAACGAAGACUUUCGAGCACUGUCCCUGUAUCUGCACCAGCCACGCCUUUCAUAGAACAAGCACAGCAUCUUCAGCAAACGAACAUCCCAUUUCAGCAGCCUCUCCAUGCUCCAAUUGUUGCAUUAGGUCAGGGUGCAACCACGCCGAGUAUGAUACCUUAUAUCGUCAACCCAGGAUUUUACGCGCAACUAGCAGCUCAGUCCAUGGGCAAUCCUCAGUAUCCCCCGGCUUUCCAGCAUUCUCAGGCACUGAAACACCAUAUGCAGACGCCGGCACCAGCACCGGCACCGGUGAAUGUCAUCCCUACACCAGUCGCGCAACAGUCUCAGAAAUUGGCGCUGAGGCAAGGAGCCGACAGGCACUAUCAUUUCCUACUCAAAGUCAUCCGAAAUUUUGGCGAAGACAUGAAGUGGUUAGUAUCGCCGGCGCAGUCAAAAGACCAUAACACUUCUCCUACUGGUAUCCACGUGUUUGUGGAUGCAUCGAACAUUCUGAUCGGCUUCUACGAGCGCCUUCGGUAUGCGAAAGGGAUCCCGAAGGAAGCACGCAUGACGCGCCCAGAGUUCGACUUCGACGCCCUCGUCCUCCUGCUAGAACGACGGCGUCCAGUCGCCAAGCGCGUCCUCGCGGGCUCCAACCCCUACGUCCCGACCUUCGAAAAGGCCAACUCGAUAGGCUACGAGUUGAACAUCCUCGACAAGGUCAAGAAGGCCAAGGAGCUCACGGAGCGCCAAAAGUUCUUCCAGCAGCGCGACCUCGAGCGCGGCCAUGGCCGACGUUGCUCUCACUCGGGCAAGGAGAACGCGAGCGCUGGCAGCGGCUCUGAAACGAUCGCUGCCACCGGUCCCACCUCCGCGCCUGAGAAGUGGGUCGAGCAGGGUGUGGACGAGAUUCUGCACCUCAAGAUCCUGGAGAGCGUCGUCGACGUCGAUGUGCCGAGCACGAUUGUGCUGGCGACGGGGGAUGCGGCUGAGGCGGAGUACUCGCAAGGCUUCCUGAAAAUGGUCGAGCGUGCGCUGCGGAAGGGGUGGAAGGUUGAGAUUGUGGCGUGGGGGAAGAGCAUCAGCUUCGCGUACCGCGACAAAGCGUUUGUGCAGAAGUGGGGGGAUAGGUUCAGAAUCAUUGAGCUGGAUGACUAUGUUGAGGAUUUGCUUGAUGUGUAA